AUGUCCUCAUACUUCUACACAAAUGUCGACCGAGGCGCGAAACACUACCAAAUUCCCCAUAGCCUUUCUCUUGAUCAAACAAUCGAGAUACUACACAAUCACCGCCUAUUGGCCGAGCAGAUCUGGCCGUCAAUGACUGUCAAAGUCAUAUAUGGCAAUGUAGCUGCUACUACGGUCGCUGUUAAAUCUGCUACUCUUGAAUUCAAAGCUACAUUCACCAAUCUUGACAAUGGUGUCUCUUUACAGGAGAAAGUAGUUAUGGGAUUUGGUGUUCAGGUUCAGUGGACUGUGGUUGAUCGGUACAGCCAUGGUGUAUCCUCAGCGGUACGAUUUCGUGGGGAGGGUAUGCAUUCGGGUGCAUUGUUGGAGGAAAAUGUUCGUGCCUCAUGUCUCAGGGUUGUGGAUCGGUUUCUGAAGUUUGCGGAUGACUUUAAUCCGAAGACGAAAUUCGUUAUUGAGGUAUUAGAAAAGGUAGCUCGCGGGGAGAUAUCGAUGGAUGAUAUUGAAAUUAUGAAUAGGGGAUAUGGAGACACUGAAAGACUUAAAGAGGAGUGA